AUGCCCACCCCUGCUUCCUGGUCCCUCCUGCCUCUGCCAUCCUUGCUGCUGGCUCUGCUACUGGGACUUAUAGGAGUAACAGGUGAGGAGGAGCUGCAGGUGAUUCAGCUGGAGAAGUUAGUGUUGGUCACACUGAGAGAUUCAGCCACUCUGCGCUGCAUCAUGACCUCUCUGUUCUCCGUGGGUCCUGUGAAGUGGUUCAGAGGAAAAGGGCCGGGCCAGAAGUUAACCUACAAACACAAAGGAGGCCACUUCCCCCAAGUAACAAAUAUUUCAGAUACUACAUGGAGAAACAACAGGGACUUUUCCAUCCACAUCAAUAACAUCACCCCAGCAGACGCUGGUAUGUACUACUGGGUGAAAUUCCAGAGAGGAAGCCCUGACGAUGUGGAGUUUAAGUCUGGACCAGGUACUUCGGUGGCUCUAGGCAGGCAGCCUUCUCUUCCAGAGAUUUCUGGCCCCUCCAACAGGGUCAGCCCAGGCCAGGUAGUGAAUCUCACCUGCACAUUAACUGGCUUCUUUCCCAAAAACAUACACCUCAAAUGGUUUGAAAAUGAUGUGGAGCUUCCACCCUCAUCGUCCGCCCUGGAAAUGCUUCCUCCUACACCAUCAUCAGCACUGCCCUGGUGA